UCUAUUUUGCUGCACUCAAGAUGGCAUUCAUGUCAGCUAGAAAAUGCAUUGGUCUGGAUGGUUGUUUCUUGAAGGGGGUAUGCAGGGGUCAAUUACUUAUUGCAGUGGCCAAAGAUGGCAAUAAUCAAAUGCUUCCACUUGCUUGGGCUGUAGUUGAAAAUGAGAACACAAACAGUUGGAGUUGGUUUAUUUCUCUGUUGCAAGAAGAUUUGGGAUUAGGAGAUGGAACAAAUUUCACCAUUAUGUCAAACAUGCAAAAGGGACUGAAUUUAGCUAUUAAGAAGUUGUUGCCAGCUUGUGAGGAAAGAAGGUGUGCUAGGCAUAUACUAGCAAAUUGGUCACAGAAUUGGAAAGGGCUGCAAAGGAAGAAGCUGUUCUGGAAGUGUGCUAGAAGUACUUUGAAGCUGAAUUCAGAGAAAAUAUGGAAGAGCUGUCUAAACUAG